AUGCUCACAAAAAGUGCUCGAUGGACCAGAGCGAUUAUCUUCUUGAUAGUUUUGGUGGUUAAGCAAAGUUCAUCGUGUCUUGGUGGAAUGGGAUUGAUGGGUGGAGGAAUGCCAUCGUGUGGUUCGUCGAUGUCAGGUUGCAUGGGAAUGGGUGGUGGAGGAAUGAUGAUGCCAUAUAGCGGUUUCGGCUUUCCUUCAAUGGGCUACCCAGUGCAAUCGGCCGGUUAUCCGAUGUCUUACGGUGGAGGCGGUCAAAGCGGUUUCAUUCCAUCAGUUCAGCGUGUUCAAUAUCAACCACCUGCUUCUUCCGGAUAUACAACCGGAUGA